AUGGAGCGUUCUUUGACUGUCGAUUUGCCGGUGGAACAAGUAGCCAGGGUAGUCAAACGACAUCUUGUCUUGCAGCCUGCCAAUGCAACGUCGUCGGGGUCCACCGUACAACAUGGAUCGGAACCGUCGCCGAUCGCAUCACAGAUUCCACGCCAACACCAACGUCGUAGCAACAGCCAUAAUCGAAAACGUAACAACUCAGAGAGUCGAGCUGGUCGACAUGCUAAGCAACAGCAACAAAGAGAAGAAGACCAUACAGCGUCACCUGCUCCAAGUAGUACAACUACCACCACUACCACUACUACAACAUCCGAUAUGAAUCAUCAUCCCUCGUCUACUAUGCAGGGAGCCAUCACCUACAGCAGUAGCAGCACCACACCCGUUUAUAGCACACAUCAUUUAUUACCAGGAGGUGCCAUUGUGGAUGAGAUUUACAAAUGGACUGCACGUGUGGAUAACGAGCAAAGAUGGCGACGACAACGUGCUGAAUCAAUCUCACUUCCAGCGACUCGUCAACCUGUGGAUGAUCCUUUACUUCAAUCCUUGAAACAGCCUGGUGGAUUUAGACGACAUCAUGUUCUUACUCAAGCUGCACGACAAGGCAAAUCUCCCAACUUUGUCACUUCAAGCUUUGUCGACUUUUUAUGUUUGUAUGGUCAUUUCGGUGGAGAAGAUCUCAGUGACGAUGACGAUGAUGGUGAUGAUUCUUCAUUAUCUUCUUAUACCUCAUCCGAUGGUGCUGCAACGGAUAGUGCAGAUAGCAAUACAGCGGCUGCUGGCGGUGGUGGUGGUGGUGGUGGUGUCAUGGCUUAUCGAGGCAACAUGCUCAAUCGUGCGUCUUAUCAAUCAUGUGAUCCUGGUGAAUUACCACUUCCAGCAACAGCUACUUCAGCAGCAGAUGCAUCCACAUCAUCCUAUACCCGAUACCACCACCAUCAACAUCAUUACCCUAUUCGAUCCACGCAUGAGACUAUGCCAUUGUUGCCAUCCAACAACAAACCAUCACGCUCAGUACAAGACAAAGCCACACCAGGCAAAGCCAUGUUCCUUUUGCUCAAGUCUUUUGUUACAACAGGCAUCAUGUUUUUGCCUAGAGCAUUUUACAAUGGUGGUUUGCUAUUUUCCAUUCUCGGCGUCAUUGCAUGGGCUUUGAUCUCUUUAUGCUCGUUCCUGUUAUUGGUGCAAACACGAUUGGUGGUCCAUGCAAGUUUUGCUGACAUGGCCGGUGUCUUAUAUGGACGCAGUAUGAAAUUGGCAGUUUUAUUCGCUAUCACACUUUCACAAAUCGGCUUUGUAUGCGCCUACAUGGUGUUCGUUGCCGAAAACAUUCAAUCCCUGGUAUUGGCAUUCUCCAAAUGCCGUGUCUUGAUCCCUAUGCAUCUCCUUGUCCUUGCUCAGAGCUUUGUAUUCAUUCCUUUGGCCAUGAUUCGCAAGAUACAACGACUCUCAGUGUUUGCCCUUAUUGCCGAUGUAUUUAUUGUGAUUGGAUUGGGAUAUAUGUUCUAUUAUGAUAUGCUCCAACUAUCGGAUGUGGGUGUCGCCCAUGUUGAUCUAUGGAAUCCCUCCUAUUUCCCUCUAUUCAUUGGGACCGUUGCGUUCACCUACGAAGGCAUUGGACUUGUGAUCCCGAUUGCCGAGUCGAUGAAAGAGCCAUCAAAGUUCCCAAGUGUGCUACGACGCGUGUUAGGUGUCAUUACGGUGCUCUUUAUCGCUUUGGGUGCUAUUUCAUACUUGACAUUUGGUGAAGAUGUACAAACCAUUAUUCUCUUGAAUCUUCCAAGCAAGGAUCCAAUGGUGUCCUCCAUCCAAACGUUGUAUUCGCUUGCCAUUUGUCUAUCGAUUCCACUGCAGCUAUUUCCAGCUAUCCGCAUCAUGGAAAAUGGUUUAUUCACCACGCGAUCUGGCAAGAACAAUGCGGUCGUCAAGUGGCAAAAGAAUGUAUUUCGAGUAUUGGUGGUAUUUCUCUGUGCAUGGAUUGCCAUUGUCGGAUCCAAGGAUAAGCUUGACAAGUUUGUGCCACUCAUCGGUGCCCUUUUUUGUAUCCCAUUAUGCUUUGUCUUUCCACCUUUGUUCCAUCUCAAAGCCAUGGAAGAGUUAGCCACAUGGAGACGCGUUGCAGAUGUAGCAUUGAUUUUAUUUGGUGCUAUUGGAUCUAUAUUUGUGGCUAGUGCUACGCUAUACCAAUGGAAUUCGGGAGGUGAUGAUAUUCUUGAUCCGGUCAAGCAAUGUAUUGUCAAUAGGACAUAA